UGCCGUCAAGUCGUGUUGGCCAAGUUUUAUUUGGCUUAAAUAAUUGGCUUAAAUCAGUAGUUGAAAUUUCAGUAAAGUGACAAGACAAACAAAAGUGAAUCGAAGAUAAGACUAAAGGACUCAAGAAAUAAAGUGAAAAAAUAAAUACAACUUUUUUAUAGAUAAAAAGACAAUCAAAUUGAAUCCGUGAAUUGGUGAUUAAAAAGCUAAAGUUGAAGCUAACAAAAAUACUGCCAAGAAGAAGAAAAGACUGAACCGAACUGAACUUACCAAGAAGGACCAAAAAGUGUGUGUAUUUGUGCAGGGCCAUGUUUUGAGCCCGGCUGCAAGUACCACAAAUUGCGAUAAGGAAGGAAGGAAAAACAAGAGACGCUACGGAAAAAAGAGCAACCAUCGCAAUGUUUUUGCCUGUGAAAUCAAAUCUCUCUGCGGAGGCAAGUGGCAACAAUGAGGAUGUUACCACCACUAGCAAUAAUUCCACACAAACGCCCAGCGAUCUUAGCCCACCGGGACCAAAUGAGGAAGUAUUGCCUCAGGCACAUCAUCAAAAUCCAGGACAUUGCAUUGCCUCCUUUGCUGCCAUCAAUCAGAUGAGAAAUAAUGCUCAGCUCUGCGAUGUACGCCUGGAAGUGGGCGGGGACACCAUCAAUGCACAUCGUGUGGUAUUGGCAUCCGUUUCGCCAUACUUCUACGCCAUGUUUAAUGAUGACAUGCUGGAACGUACACAGGGUCUAGUACGCCUGCACGAUGUGGACAGUGGAGCUCUGCGUCAGCUGAUUGACUAUACCUACACGGGAGAGAUAACCAUUACGGAGCAGAAUGUUCAGGUACUGUUGCCCGCAUCGGGUCUCCUACAAAUGCAUUCAGUACGCGAUGCCUGCUGUAAAUUUCUGCUACGUCAAUUGCAUCCAUCGAAUUGCCUGGGCAUACGUAGCUUUGCGGAUGCCCAUUCCUGCAAGGAGCUGCACACACGCUCCCACAAAUAUGCCCUGCAGAAUUUCCAGCAAGUCGUUGGCACCGAGGAGUUUCUGUUGCUGCCCUUCGAGGAGGUCAAAGAGUUGAUAUCGAAUAGUCAAUUGAACAUUAGCUCCGAGGAGAAAGUCUUUCGGGCCGUGAUUAAUUGGGUGAAACAUGAUUUGGCCACGCGACGAUUGCAUACGGCCGAGCUGAUGUCUCAUGUUCGUUUGCCCCUGGUGAGUCGUGACUUCUUGAUGAGUUAUGUGGAAUCAGAGACUCUUAUGCGUGACGAUAGCGAGUGCAAGGAGCUGCUAUUGGAAGCCAUGAAGUAUCAUCUGCUGCCGGAGCAGCGUAGUCUGAUGGGUAGCCAAAGAACCCAGGAACGUCGGCCGGAGGGCAUGAAACCCUAUGUCUUUGCCGUUGGCGGGGGAAGUCUGUUUGCCAUUCACAACGAGUGCGAGGUAUACAAUCCGCGUAGUAAUUGCUGGAGUCCCGUGGCCCCCAUGCUGUGGCGUCGCUCCCGCUCAGGUGUGACGGCCCUGCAUAAGCAAUUGUAUGUGGUGGGCGGCUAUGAUGGAGUCAGUGAUCUGGCCACCGCCGAAUCGUACAAUCCGCUCACCAACAAGUGGAGCAACAUCACUCCGAUGGGCACAAAACGCAGUUGUCUUGGCAUUUGCUCGUAUGACGCAUUAAUCUAUGUCUGCGGUGGUUAUGAUGGAGCCUCCUGCCUGAGCAGCAUGGAACGAUAUGAUCCCCUGACUGGCAUCUGGAGCUCGUGUCCGGCAAUGAGCACACGUCGUCGCUAUUGUCGCCUUGCUGUCCUGGAGAAUUGCAUCUACAGUCUCGGUGGCUUCGAUUCGACCAACUAUCAAUCGAGUGUGGAGCGUUUUGAUCCACGUGUGGGUCGUUGGCAGCCAGUGCCCAGCAUGACAGCCCGCAGGAGCAGUUGUGGAGUGGCAUCGACAGAUGGACAUCUCUAUUGCAUUGGUGGCAAUGAUGGCACCAUGUGCAUGUCCAGUGGCGAAAAAUUCAAUUUGAGAAGAAACAGCUGGGAGCCAAUAGCCGCCAUGCAUUCCAGAAGAUCCACACACGAAGUGGUUGAAGUGGAGGGCGCCUUGUUUGCCCUGGGCGGCAAUGAUGGCAGCUCAUCGCUCAAUUCCGUGGAACGCUAUGAUCCGCGCCUGAACAAAUGGAGCGUGGUGAAUGCCAUGGUGGCCAGACGCAGUUCUGUGGGAGCGGCAGUGCUCGAAUGUUUCCACCUUGAGCGUGGAUUGGUACAGACGACGAAUUUAUGACCCUUGGCCAGCAUCAGCGAAUCCUUCGCCGCAGCUGCAGCGAGCGCCGCUAGUAGCAGCGCCAGCAGCAGCAACGGAGGAGUUGGAGCAGGGUCAACAACAAAUCAACCCACCAGCACUUUGACAGUGCCCAGUCGGGCAGAAGCUGCCGCCUUUACGGCCAACAUUGCUCUGAGCAGUUCAGCUCCGUCGGCUAGCUCGACAUUGCGGCGCCAUAGACGCGACACUCCCGGUCUGGGCGAGAGUCGACGGGCCAAUAGCAAUGCCAGCAGCAGUGGCAGCGAAAGUGGCGGCAGCACCACAACCAGCAGCUCCGGAGGUGGAGGUGCAAAACCUCCGGCAACUGCCUGAUCCUGGUCUAUGUCGCGGCAUUACUAAAUAAAAUUAAACACAUUUAAAAUACAAUACAUACAACAAAAAGCUAAUCCCACACGCCUAAAUGCAGGAAUUUGAUUGAUUGAUUGUUCGAGUUCGUUAUUAUAUGGAAUAGAUCUAGAAUUUAUGGAAUUAACCUAAGAAGCGGCAGGAGCAGCAAACUCAAAAGAUGGUCUUCUUUUUUUUUUAUUAUUAUUAUUCUAGAGGAUGCGGAGGAGCGGUAUGAAAUUGCUCAACAAAAUCAACUCAGACAACAGUUGAAGCUAUAAAUUGAAAACAUCAUAAACAUAUUGAAAAGUCUUUGGCUUCACACUUUACACAGACACCUAAACCUCUAUAUAUAUCUAGUCAAAAUCUUUUAUAUACCCACAACACGGACACGAUACACGACGACUUAAUUAAAGUGCCGCAAAAAAACAGACCUGAGAGAGCAGAAGCCGCCGCCUGCUAGCAAACUACAUACAACAUUAUGAAGCAACCUAAUCUGCCUACAAUUUAUAUAGAAGAUAAAACCACAACAAAUU